GAGAGCCGAAACAAGGCGUGUAGGGACCCUGCGCGCGCGCUCAGGUUUCUCCGCCUCUGUCUGCAGGUAUCAUCAUCAUCGUCCCACAGCGCCGGGCUGGAGUUAUUCUAUUCUAUUCUGUUCUAUUCUAUUCUAUUUUAUUUAUCCGCAGUGUGUUUUGUCCUGAGAGCAGCUUUUACACACACACGCGCGCGGCUGUUUGAUGAGCGCGAGAGGAGACACCGCUGCAGAACCGCGUGAGAACCCAGAAGAUCCCGAACCUCUCACCUGAGCUCCCAGCGCACGAGCUUCACAAAGGUGAGGAGAGACAGACAGAUGACAUGGCGUCCUCAGUACCGCAGCUCAAAGUUCCGUCACGUGUUUGGUAAAGCUGCCACUAAGGAGAACUGCUACGAUGGAGUGCCAAUCACCCGCAGUGUCCAUGACAACCAGCUGUGUGCCAUCAACCCACGCUUCAUUGCCGUCAUCACGGAGUGUGCAGGGGGCGGAGCCUUCCUUGUCCUCUCCAUCAGUCUUACAGGGAAGAUAGACCCCCAUCACCCAAGGAUCUCUGGUCAUAGAGCAAAAGUCCUGGACAUCAAGUGGAAUCCAUUCAAUGACCUCUGCAUCGCUUCCUGUUCAGAGGACAUGACGGUGAAAGUGUGGGACAUUCCUAAACAUGGUGUGAUGAAGAACAUCACGGUUCCAUGGAAGGAGCUUCAGGGUCACUCUCGCAGAGUCGGACUCAUCGAGUGGCAUCCAACCGCCAGUAACAUCCUGUUCAGUACCGGCUACGACUACCAGGUGAUGGUGUGGAACCUGAAUACACCCGAGCAGGUGAUUAAGAACCCGGUGCGCUCCAUCAGCAUUCACACAGAAGUGGUUCUCUCCAUGUCGUUUAACACAGACGGCAGUCGCGUUGCCACGUCCUGUAAAGACAAGAAGCUCCGCAUCUUCGACCCGCGCACAGGAGCACUGCUGCAGGAAACCAGCACAAAGACACACAAAGCCAGUAAAGUUAUUUUUCUGGGGAAUCUGAAGAUGGUGCUGUCGACGGGGACCUCACGCUGGAACCAUCGGCAGAUUACUCUGUGGGAUCAGGAGGACCUCUCACAACCAUUAUUUCAGGAGGAUUUGGACGGCUCCUCGGGUGUAUUAUUCCCUUUUUAUGACCCUGACACACACAUGCUUUACAUAGCUGGCAAAGGAGAUGGAAAUAUCCGAUAUUAUGAAAUCAGUGCGGAGAAACCAUACGUUCACUACCUGACUGAACAUCGCUCUAUCCUGCCGCAGAAAGGAAUGGGUGUGAUGCCAAAGCGAGGGCUGGACGUUUGCUCCUGUGAGGUUUUCAGGUUUUACAGACUCGUGACCACAAAGAGUCUCAUCGAGCCGCUGUCCAUGAUCGUCCCACGCAGGAGCGAGUCCUAUCAGGAGGAUAUUUACCCGAUGACGGCCGGGAAGGAACCAGCCAUGACAGCUGAGCAGUGGUUGAGUGGCAUGGACAAAGGGCCAGUGUUGGUGUCCCUGAAGCCAGGCGUGGACACCAAGGUGGAGCUCUGUAAAGAUGAGGAACUGGUGAAAGUGCCCAGUGUUCAGUUAGACACCCGACGCUCCCAGAGUCGACCUGGUCUUCAGCAGCUCACCUUCACUGAACGCCAGAGGAACCUGGACAAGGAACGACAGGAAGUGAAGAUAGAGGACAGGAAAGAGCAGAACUUCUCUGAGACCAUUGCUAAUGGACAGGAAGACAUCACACACUGCUCACCACCUAAAACUGAAAAUGAGCUCUUGCAGGUGUAUUAUAAGCAACAGGAGGAGAUCCGGCGGCUCCGUGAGCUUCUCUGUCAGAGAGACGUUCAGAUAAAGCAGCUUGAGCUCGAGAUAAAAAAUGUCAAGAACUUGCACUGAGAAGAUGUGUGCGCGCGCACACACCACACACACACACACACACACACACACACACACACACAGAGAGGACCUCGAGCUGCCUAAACCUGCUUUAAUUGUGAAACACUGCGUCACUUUUGUACAGCUUUGAGCUUAAAUGUGGCAUACCUCCCAGCUAUGCAAGGUUACUUUUAAUCUUUUAUUAUUUUGGAAAAAAAUUAAUGAUGUACCUGUCUUUUGUUGUAGAUAAUUCAUUCAGGUGUGUGUGUGUGUGAGAACCUCCAGGUAAGACGUUGUGCCGAUUGUGUAACGCACUGAAUGUGUUUGUCAGUUAAACUGCUGUAUGAUAAAGUUACGGGUAUCUCACAGUGACGCGCUUUACUUCUCUCCUAUUUAUUUUCUAUAAUUUUUCUUUGUUUUAACUUUUUUUUUUAAAAGACGAUGACCGAAAAAGAGUAAAAGAUGAUUGAGACGUGCGGAAUUGUGACUGAUGUCUCACACUGUUCUGGUGAAAGGAUCAGGGCGGGGUUUCAAAUCGUCUCUUCGGCGCUGAGCCGUACUCGCUUCUGCUCAAACUGCUGCUUUCCUUCACUUCACUGCCAGUUGAGAAAAAAUAAAAUCCUGUAUUUCGAGUAUAUUAAGCUAUGUUUGCCUUAAUAUAUUUCUGAUAAACAUUUCUGUCUGGCAGUGAUCCUGCAAUAAUCUUUAGUUUUUAGUAAAACUUGCUCUGAUGUUUCUCUGACACUGGAUUUAUAAAAUAAAAACUUCUGUGUUUUCUUUUUAAAA